CAAAAUCCCACUGUAAGGAGCAGAGUUUCAUGCAGUCAUGAUAAAGGUUCUUGUAGAAAUUGCUUGAGUAUGCUGUAUUACCUUUCUUGAACUUAGGUCAGGUCAUGGUCUGGUUGCAUGUAUAAAACCCUUGAAGGGAUAGAGAACUGCACCAUCUGUAUAGAAGACUCCUACGAAGCUGUGCAACAGGUCUCAUCUGUACAGAAGAUUCUGAGGUACCUUUGCUAUAGGUCUGUGCUCACCAUGCAGUCUGCAGAAAUACCUUUUCAGAAGAACUGUCUCGGGUCUGCCAUGGGCCGGUGCCUCUCUGCUAUCCAUAAUAUGGAACAGCUGGUCAUGUUGCCAAGCCUGCUUAGAGACAUCCCCAUUGAGGAAUGUGAGAGAAGUUCCACAGAUUUGAACUCCAAAGAUCUAUAUGAAUACUAUGUUGCUCUGAAAUCCAUUCGAAAUAUUGCAGAAAGUGGACUGAUAUCUGUAGAUGAAAAUAAGACAAACAACAGCGUGGAAAACAUAGUGCAGACCAACAGUUCAGAUCUUGACGUCCUGUUCCUUUUUCACUUUAAAGGGCUGCGCAGUGUUCUCAACUCAUUAACACAGAAUGCCAACACACUGACAAAAAAAUACAAAGAGAUCAUUGGACUGGGACAUUAAAUAUACUGAUGCACAGACCACUGCCUGAGGUGAAAGCAAUAUCAGGACAGUAACCAUGAAAUCAUGCUUACAGGACAACACAGCAUGAAUUUCUACAUUUGAAAACAGGCUGUUCAUGUAAGCAUUUUUCAUGAAAUGAACCUGCUACGAACUGGUUACUGUUAACUUAAAUGUACUUUGUAAAAUACUCAUUUUUUUUUUACUUCAAGUCAUCUAGUCAAACUUGCUGUUACAUGAGCAAAUUGUCAGCUCCACAGAUAGAGCUCUGUGUACAUUUAAUAGUUAUGCAAUAUAUAAUGAAAUAAAUGCUUUAAUUUUAUUGCUGACUUUGCAUUUUUGACACUGCAGAGAGAGCUGUAACCAUGGAUAUAAAAUAAUAAAUGUAAAUGAAUAAUGAAUCGUA